AAUCUAUCAGCAUCAACUUCAGUUAUUGCAUCAUUGAACGUUCUACGUCCGUAUCUUCGGCACAAGUAGAGUAUUGUUCACGAAAUGCCGAUCACCGAGACCGCGUCGAUUUCCGACGUCUUGAGAGAACUCCAGGAUUACAGCCCGACCAUACCCGACGCCAUUACGUCUGCUGUGUGUGCGGAAGCAGGGUUCCAGACGAGUGAUCCUCGAAUAAUACGAUUGGUAGCGAUAGCUUCACAGAAAUUUAUUUCCGACUUAGCCAAUGAUGUAUUUAAACAUUAUAGAAAGCGUUUAUCUUCCAAGCAAAGUAAAUCCGGUACUUCUUCCAAAGACCGUAAAAUUACAUUAUCAAUGGAAGAUUUAACUCCAGUGCUCAAAGACUAUGGAAUAGUUGUUCGCAAUCCUCCAUAUUUUCUUUAAAUUAUUAAA